AUGCCUGUAAGUUCGCGUCGUUGUGGAAUGAUAACGCGCCGCGAGGCUGAACGGUUAUGCAAAAGUUUUCUUGGUGACAAUGCCCCUCCUAGAUUGCCAGAGGAUUUCGCUUUCACUGUAUAUCAUAAGUGCGCUUGGGGUUGUCGUGGCUCUUUUUUGCCGUCUCGCUACAACUCAUCUCGUGCGAAAUGUAUUAAGUGCAGUUAUUGUGGCAUGUUCUUUUCGCCCAACAAGUUUAUUUUCCAUUCCCAUCGAAUUAGCACUGGUGAUAAGUACGUCCAGCCGGAUGCAGCAAAUUUUAAUUCGUGGCGUCGGCACAUGAUCCUGAGCGGCCAACCACCAGAGGAUAUAGUGCACGCAUGGGAGGAUGUUAAGGCGAUGUUUAAUGGUGGCACGCGCAAACGACUUAUGAGCCAUGGUUCAUCGGCGACGCAAGCUUCGAUAGCGGCACAAAGACAACAACAACAAAAAGAUCAGUUGAAACGCAAUAUGUGUGUCUCAACACCGGUAACAACCUCGCUGUCGACUGUGCCCAACGAGAGUGGCGGCGGCACAUUUAUCGCCGCAGCAGCAAAAAAUACUUUAGGUCCACAGGUCACCAGCCAUUAUCACUAUAAUGGCAUUGAAUUAUCCCCGCGCUGCAGUAACAGUAACCUGACUUCAAGCAACCCAUCACCCCCGCCUACCAAGCGACAGUGCGAUAAGCUUGAACAUAAUGUUGGGGCGCUAACAGCGGCAGCUGCUGCAGUGGUCAACGUCACAGCAGUUGCAGCAGCGGUAGGUUCCGUACGACCGCUAAACAUUGGCGCAACUAGCCACGGUGUAUCAUACCAUGGUCGGAGUGGUAACGUAUCUACUCUGCAACUGAGAGACAACAAUGAACACGAAAUGACGGUAAUGCCUCUCUCGCGCAACUUCAUGAUGGACUACAUGUGGCAUGCCCAUGCUGCGCAAAAUGCCGCAGUCGCAGCAGCGCAUAAGAACCGAGGUAAUAACACUAACGCAGGUAAUGUUACUGUGCCCUUUGGAUUCUCCGAUUGUGCUAUGAACUGGCUUAAGACGCCGUCGAUGAACAAUAAUGCCACAUUCUUCACUCAACUUCCUUUGGUAGCCAACAGCGGAACUACCGGUGGUCAAAGUAGUGAUAGCAACGACUUCUGCCCGCAACUACAAUAUGGCGGUUUCAAGCCGAACGCGAGCACAUCGACAGGCAACGGCUUAAAUACCAGCAAAGGAUUGGGGGGCUUGAACAAGUUUACUGAUGCGAAAAUAGCUUGUCUGCCUCAAUUCCUCUCAGCGUCGGCAUUCAAGCCAGUCUUGCAACAGAGUCAACAAAGUGCAUUCGAUGAAGUGAAAGCUGUCGCAGCAGCUUCGACUGCAGCAACUUUAACCACCUCGUCUGUUUAUCCCAGCGCUGUGACAGAAAAUUUCGAGAUUGCAACCAGAACAUCUCAAGAAAAGAUUUCUUCCUGUGGAUCGACGACAGUUGAAAUGACACUGCCAACGAUUGCUAUUCCUCCACUCGGUGCUACAAGUACAACAAACUCCACAGAGACAAAAGCUAAUGGUGCUGUGGCUGAAACUGCCUCCAAAGCAGCUGCCUCUCUUGCUUUCACAGUACACGCAAACUUUUGCGCUACUGCAUCAAAUGGAAUGCUGUUUGGUGGCCCAAUACCGCCGCCGGUGCCCCCGCCGCUUUCGUCUUCACUCUCAACCCUUCCUAACUCGCCUGGCGCGCCAUAUAGAGCACCUAUACUAGCAUCGACAGUAUCUUCGCAGUUAGCUUUGAAGAAGUGCGAGAAUGAAGUCAUAGGCACUUCCAUUAAAGGCUUUCACUCAACGGAUGACGAAAAUAACAACGACCCAUGCGAUGUCGACGACGAUGAAGUAGUCGAUAUUGAGACAACGGAGGAUGACACGCCUGCCAGCAAGAACUUAAAAGUGGCACUUAGCCUGACAUCUUGCCCACACCGGGACGAUGAUGGCAAAAGUUCAUCAGAGUUUUACAGUAUCAACCGUUGCAAUAAUAACAAUGACAAACAAUUCAUCGAAUCUGUUAUAGAUACUUCCUCUGAUGAAUCACCUGCGCCAGCGUCUUCGGUAGCAGCACCCCCUUGGACAAAUAGUUCAGCAAGUCCAGUGCCUAGGGAUUGCUAUAGAUGUGAAGAUCAACGAAAAUCUCCAAUACAAUAUUUCCAAGACAAAUCAAUACUAGGCAGCGCUGACGCAGAUAUCGCCGCUUGUCAUACCGUUGUCCAGAAGCUCCAGCUCCACGCGCAAUACAAAAACAGCAACAAUCAACCACCGGAAGCGGGUGAGCGCUUUCAACAGUCUCCAACUUACAGCAGUACGUCUAACGAUAGCUUCUAUAUUCAGGCAAAAUUCGAAAGCAAUAACAAUUCAUCCAGUUCUAUUGAAAUUAUGGAUACCAGUUCCAUACAAGAGAUAGUCCAACAACAUAAUGCGUAUAAUUUGGGAUCAUCACUUAUGUGGAAGAAACUUCUGAAUCCAGAGGUCGAAGGUACAUUGCCGGACUGCAAUCACUUCAACCAGAAGCCGUGUCACCUUCCCAUCAAAGAUGCGAUAUGCACUUAUGCUUACGAGAAACGUUUGCCGUGUGGUCAUGUGUGCCAGCUUAAGUGUCAUGUUAACAAAGACCCGGAACAUAUCGAGUACAAGUUCUACAGAGAUUGCGAUCGGAUUUAUGACAAUUGUGUGGAAAUCACACGUGUAAGAAACAAUGCUUCGAAGAAUGCGGACUGUGUCCAAAAAUUGUCGAGAAAACCCGCUCUUGCGGACAUCAUUCCAAGCCAUUUGUGUGCUCGAAGAAUGUAGAGGAAAUUGAGUGCGACAGACCUUGCAAGCGCAAGUUAAGCUGUGGUCACAAGUGCCCGUCGAAAUGGUGCGAACCAUGCGGAAGCUGUUCAUUCUCG